AUGACCACUUUUUGUUUGCUGCAAAUUAGCCUUGUGCUGCUGUGCAUCACCAAAAUCUCAACUCAGGAUUGUAAUAUUCUUCCCCUCCUGCACAACAAAAUGAUACAGGGCAAUUUACACCUUCUGAACAAAAUGGGUCAACAAUUUCCUGAGCAAUGUCAAAGUGAAAAAAUUCACUUCAAGUUCCCUGAGCAGUUUCUAAAGCUCAGACAGAAAGAGAAUGCCAAGGUGGAAAUCCAGGAGAUCCUGCAACUGAUCUUCUAUAUCUUUACCAAAAAUCUAACCUUAGCUGCCUGGGAUGGAAGAUUUCUUGAAAGAUUCCAAAAUGGACUUAAUCAGCAAAUUGAGCAUCUGGAGGCAUGUUUGACAGAGAAGAUGGAGAAGAAACAACCCUACUCAAGGAGUGAGGAAAUCAUUAGACUGAAACUGAAAAAGUACUUCCAAAAGAUAGAUAAUUUUCUAAAAGACAAACAAUACAGCCUGUGUUCCUGGGAGAUCAUCCGCCUGGAAAUGAGGAGAUGUCUUCAGUUUAUUGACAAAGUUAUAGGAAGGCUUAGAAACUAA